CCCGUCCCCCUCCCCCUCCCCCUCCUACUCUUUUGACCCAAUUCCCAUACAAAUACAAAUACAUACAUAAAUUAAAAAAAAAAAAAAGGUUGAAUCUCACAUUCUAAUUUCUUACAUUUUCAAUCACCAACAAUGGCUUCCUCUUCAUCACAGGCAGUAUCUACUACUAAUUGUAAAUUUCUUCCAGUUUCAACUUGUUUCUCUUCGUCUCUGAAUUUGGGUUCUAUGCCUUUGAAAAGGACUCGUAGAAAGCCAAACAUUUCAUGCUCUCUUCAAACGCCUUCCAUUCUUCUUUUGCCUAAUCAAUCAUCCACUGAUUAUACCACUAAAAACGCAGUGAAACCUCAACCCCAACACUGGAAUCCUUUCCAAAGAGCUGCAGCUAUGGCUUUAGAUGUGGUGGAGAACGCUUUGGUUUCUCACGAGCGUCACCAUCCUCUUCCCAAAACAGCUGACCCCGCUGUUCAAAUAUCUGGCAACUUUGCUCCAGUGCCAGACCAACCGGUCAAGCAUAACCUCCCUGUUAUUGGAACAAUCCCAGACUGUUUACAAGGAGUCUACGUUCGAAACGGAGCCAACCCACUUCACGAACCUGUCGCCGGACAUCAUUUCUUCGACGGGGACGGUAUGGUUCAUGCGGUUCAGUUCCAAAAUGGCUCUGCUAGUUAUGCAUGUAGGUUCACCGAAACCAACCGUCUGGUUCAAGAACGAGCUUUGGGGCGUCCAGUUUUCCCCAAGGCCAUCGGUGAACUCCAUGGUCACUCUGGUAUAGCUAGGCUGUUGCUUUUCUAUGCUCGUGGCCUAUUUGGGCUUGUUGAUCCAAGCCAUGGCACUGGAGUUGCUAACGCUGGACUUGUUUGUUUUAAUGGUCAUCUCCUUGCUAUGUCCGAAGAUGAUUUGCCUUACCAUGUUCGUGUUACUCCAUCUGGGGACUUGGAAACUGUUGGUAGAUAUGAUUUUGAUGGUCAGUUAAAAUCAACAAUGAUUGCUCACCCCAAGGUUGAUCCUGAAACCGGUGAAUUCUUUGCUCUUAGCUAUGAUGUCAUCCAAAAGCCAUAUCUUAAGUACUUCCGUUUUUCACCCGAUGGUAAGAAAUCACCUGAUGUUGAUAUCCCAGUAGACGGUCCGACAAUGAUCCACGAUUUCGCCAUCACCGAGAACUUGGUGGUGAUUCCUGACCAGCAAGUGGUGUUCAAAUUGCCUGAAAUGAUUCACGGUGGUUCCCCAGUUGUAUAUGACAAGAACAAGAUGUCAAGGUUUGGGAUUUUGGACAAGAAUGCCACUGAUGCUUCUGGGAUUACAUGGGUUGAGGCACCUGAUUGCUUUUGUUUCCAUCUUUGGAAUGCUUGGGAAGAGCCAGAAACUGAUGAAGUUGUUGUGAUUGGUUCCUGCAUGACACCCCCGGAUUCCAUUUUCAAUGAAUGUGAUGAGAGUCUCAAGAGUGUCUUGUCUGAAAUCAGAUUGAAUUUGAGGACCGCCAAGUCGACACGCCGCCACAUCAUUCCGGAUUCCGAACAAGUUAACUUGGAGGCAGGGAUGGUGAACCGAAACUUGCUCGGAAGAAAAACCAGGUACGCAUAUUUAGCCCUUGCUGAGCCUUGGCCUAAAGUGUCAGGGUUUGCCAAAGUUGAUCUCUCGACCGGAGAAAUAAAAAAGUAUAUCUAUGGAGACCAAAGGUAUGGGGGUGAACCUUUAUUCUUCCCUAGAAACCCCAAUUUGGAGAACGAAGACGACGGUUACAUUUUGGCCUUCGUUCAUGACGAGAGGACCUGGAAAUCAGAAGUGCAGAUUGUGAACGCCAUGAAUUUAGAGGUAGAAGCCACAGUAAAGCUUCCAUCUCGAGUUCCGUACGGUUUCCAUGGAACAUUCAUAAGCUCCAAGGACUUGGAGAAGCAAGCCUAAUUCAGUUUCAACAACCUUGUUAUCAUCAAUUUUUCUAGAUGGUUUAACAAGUUAGUAGGAGAGAUUUACCAGAGGGAUGUUUGCAUAUACUGUCCCCGGAAUCUCUCACUCUGUUUCAUAGCUUUUGAUAACCCUGUUUUUUGGAUUAGUCCCUUGGUUUAUAUUUUAAUGUGACCGGCUUGUAGUUUUUCUGUGUAUAGGAAGUAUUGAAGCUCAGCUGAUCCCUGUUUAUUCUUUCACUUGUGUGCAUUAAUUACAAGGAAAUAUGCAGUGUAUAAUUUCUCUGUUUUGUUGUAAAAA